ACCAUCUAUUCUGUGUAAUGAUGUUCUUAUUUCUUAUGAUCAGUUUUGCAAACCCACUUUCAUUUCGUCACCAGGGAUUUGAGUAUAAUGAUAUCAAGAUUGAAGGAGAUGCUAUUUUGUCAGAAUCAGAAAUCCAACUCACUAAAACCACCAGGUAUCAGAGCAAUGCUUACAGUGUUGGGAGAGUCACUAGUUUUGAAAGAUUGCACCUUUGGGACAACAUCACAGGAAAACUGACCGAUUUUACUACCCAAUUUUCCUUUGUCAUUUUCUCAAACGAGACUAGUUUUGGAGAUGGCUUGGCUUUUUUCUUAGCAGAUCCAGGGCUUCCUCUUUCGAAUCAAAUACAACAAGGAGGUGGUCUUGGUCUUCUGGAUGGUAAACAGUUAUUGAAUUCAGCUAAGCAUCCCUUUGUAGCUGUGGAGUUUGACACAUUCCAAAAUUUAUGGGACCCACCUGGCACUCAUGUAGGUAUAAAUUUCAACUCCAUGAAAUCUAACAAAACUGUUCCAUGGUCCCUUGAUAUUAGGCAAAUGAAAGCUUGUUAUUGUGUGAUUGAGUACAAUGCAACUACUCACAUUUUGAAUGUUUCUUUCUCUGGAAACAAUCUCAAUGCCAAGCCAACAAAAAGAUAUAUCUCAUGCAAUGUUGACCUGAGAGAUUACCUACCAGAGUGGGUUAUAUUUGGUUUCUCAGCUGCUACAGGAAUUAUGUUUGAGUUGAACACAGUGCUGUCAUGGUCAUUCCAUUCAACUUUACAAAGUAAUCAGAAUCUGUCAAAUAAGAUACCUCCAAUUGCAGUCUCACCAAGCCCAAAUCCUAGUCCUUCACCAUUUUCCACUGACACUAUUAGCCCUAAACAAGAGGAAAACAAAGGUUUAUUGAUGGGACUAGAAGUUGGGGUAGGCAUAGCUGCAACUUUCCUUAUUGUAGGGUUGGUUUGUGUUUUAAUGUGGAAGAGGAGGGCUAGAGGAAAAAGAGAAGAUUCAAUUAUUGAUCUGAGCAUGGAUGAUGAAUUCCAAAAGGGCAUUGGACCAAAAAGAUUUUUCUAUAAAGAAUUGGCAAGUGCAACAAGAAACUUUGCAGAGUCACAAAAGAUUGGACAAGGUGGUUUUGGGGGUGUGUAUAAAGGCUAUUUGAAAGAAUUGAACACCAACGUUGCUAUAAAGAGGAUAUCAAGAGAAUCUAGACAAGGAGCAAAGGAAUAUGCAAGUGAAGUUAAGAUCAUCAGCAGACUAAGGCACAGGAAUUUAGUGCAAUUAAUUGGUUGGUGCCACAUGAAGAAAGAUCUCCUUCUUAUAUACGAGUUCAUGCAAAAUGGUAGCUUAGAUUCCCACCUAUAUAGUGGAAAAAGCAUCUUGACAUGGCAGAUGAGGUACAACAUUGCCAUGGACUUGGCUCUGGCAGUGUUGUACCUUCAUGAAGAAUGGGAGCAGUGUGUGCUUCAUAGGGACAUUAAAUCCAGCAACAUUAUGUUGGAUUCAAAUUUCAAUGCUAAGCUUGGGGAUUUUGGCUUAGCCAGGCUUGUUGAUCAUGAGAAAGGAUCCCAAACUACAAUUCUAGCAGGGACAAGAGGCUACAUAGCCCCUGAAUACUUCACUACAGGGAAGGCUAGGAAGGAAUCUGAUAUAUACAGUCUUGGGAUUGUUUUACUGGAGUUAGCCACUGGAAGAAAACCAGUUGAUCUCAAUGCCAUGGAAGGCCAAAUAACCAUAUUUGAGUGGGCUUGGGAGCUCCACCAAUUGGGAAAAUUACUUGAAGUGGUUGACAAAAAGCUUGGAGGAGCAUUUGAUGAGGAACAGAUGAAACGUUUAGUGAUUGUUGGCCUUUGGUGUGCCAAUCCAGAUCAUACAUCCAGACCAUCAGUAAGACAAUUGAUUCAAGUGCUUAAGUUUGAAGCUCCUUUGCCAGUUCUCCCACAAAAGUUGUCUGAGCCUUAUUAUCAUUCUCCAACUAUGAGUACAAUAUUUGCUUCAAUCUCUUCUCCCCUCUCUGGCUACAUGGUAGAACCAAAUACAAUGUAA